UUCCCGGCCCGCGGCUCGGACGCGCGCUCCGUUCCGCUCCGCUCCGCUCGGCUGCGCCCGGCUCGGCUGCUCUGUGUGCGGGGCUCGGCUCGCUGCGCGGCGACAUGGCCGAGAAGUCGGACAAGGGCGUCACGUACUACCGGCUGGAGGAGAUCCAGAAGCACAACCACAGCAAGAGCACCUGGCUGAUCCUGCACCACAAGGUGUACGACCUCACCAAGUUCCUGGAGGAGCACCCUGGUGGGGAAGAAGUCUUGCGGGAACAGGCCGGUGGUGACGCCACGGAGAACUUCGAGGAUGUCGGACACUCAACAGAUGCCCGAGAACUGUCCAAGACGUACAUCAUCGGGGAGCUGCACCCGGACGACAGGUCCAAGAUAGCCAAGCCCGCGGAAUCUCUCAUCACUACUGUGGAAUCGAGUUCCAGCUGGUGGUCCAACUGGGUGAUCCCGGCCGUCUCGGCGCUGGCCGUCGCGCUGCUGUAUCGCAUGUACCUGUCUGAAGAGUAGCCGGUCUCCGGGCCCGAGAGCGAAGCCGGCUCCAGGCGCGGCGCGGGGAGCCCGAGUGAGCCUUCCCCGGAGUGACCUGACGCCGCGUCCUCCCGCCCCGUGCUGCAGACCAGCCAGCCCCGAAGAACUGUCCCCGCCCAUCCUCAGCGCUGCCGUGUGCCUUGUCACGCCCCACUUUUAGGGUGGCCUUUGGAAAGAAUACACCUGGCUUUUCAGUA